AUGUGGUGCCAACUUGUCAUUCUUCUCAUUUCUUUUCUUGGACUAUGUCUAUCGGAUUACUGUGGAUCUGAUCAAAUUGCAUAUGGAAUGGAGGUUCAUCAUAGUGGAGUCAUCAGACUAUUGUGCUCCAAACCAAGUUGUUACGACAAAAACUACUCAGAUUGCCCAGAACGUGCUGAUAGUCCGAAAGGCUGCAAAAAGACGAAUGAUUGGGUUGGAGGGUUCGAGAAGAAUAUCGAAGGAGACCUCUCAAUAAUGUGUUGUGAAUUCGAUGGACUCGAGAAAUUUGCGAAAAUUAGAUAUUCAGAUGUAAGAAUCCGUCGUGGCGAGUUUUUCGAAGGAGAAGAAAAAGAGAAUUCUGAUGGAGAUGUGAUCAGAUUUGAUGCGAUCAAGGAUAUUCGAAUGCAUAGAGAUACGGAGGGAAAAGCCUACUACAACCUGACAAUUCUUUCAUUCGACUGUGAAUCAAUUCCCGACGUGAAACCAGCUUGGCUUCAGAAGAGUCAAUGGCCAUACUUCCAAUACGCAAAGAAUUGA